UAAUGAUAUAUUUAUACACCCAAUCCUUAAUCAAGAAACUUAUACUCUUUUGUCUUCCCCAUUCUAUUGCCACACAAACUAAGCCAUCUCCGUUUUGCUUGCUAGCUUAACUAGAAUUGCCUCUUGCCAUCAUCAUCUAAUGGAAGCAACCCAAUGGCCUUCAUUAUCUCCUUUUCUUUCUGGGCAACCAUUGUCGAUCGAGCAGUCUCGCAGGAGGACUCGAGUAGACAUGGUGGUUAAGGCGAGGAGAGAAGGCAAGGGAAGAGAUUAUUGGGGUAGUAGUGUUGACGAGGGGAUGAUUGUGUUACGAAGGCGGAUUAGAGAGAUAAACAUGGUAGAGGAGAGUUGUGAUCAUCAUGAGGUGAGUCCGGGUUGGAUGGAGUGGGAGAAGGAGUAUUACGUGCAUUAUAAUCAAGAUGUUUGUGAAGCAAUGGGGUUGUUGCAGAAUUAUCUGAUGAAUGUUAGACCAAGUUUGGCUUUGGGAACCCUAGCACUCGUCACCUUUUCUGUACUGAUAUCUUCUGGAGUUGUACUGUUUCAUGCUUUAGAGAUAGCUAAGGGAAUCAUUUCUGGGUUUCAUAUUUGUAAUUGAUACAUACAUAUAUAUAUAUAUAUAUAUAUAUAUAUAUAUAUAUAUAUGUUUACAAUAUGCAAUGUUCAUGAACUUUUUCUCUUUCUAUUUUUUCCCUAAACUUGUGCCCUUCAUAAAAAAGUUAGCACCUGACGAGGGAGAAAAUUGAAUUGGUAAGCAACUUGAAAAAGGGUAUUAGAAAGAAUUUGAUUCUGUUAAGUGGAAAUUCUUGGAAUAUGAUUCCAGGGCUGGCUUAACCCCUCAUGCCUAUUAAUUUCUUUAAGAUGUACUUAUAAUAAAUAAAUAAUUCUAUAUAGCUUUUAACUUUUCUAAAA